CACCCACCCAAAAGUAACACCACCACCAUCACCAUCACCAUUCUCUACCCUUCGCCAUGGCACCCCUCAUCAUAGCAUCCGCAGAUCAGAUACCAUCCCUCGCAGAUCCGAAAGCCAUAUCGCCCAUACUCUUACGCCUCCUCGAAUGUCCCAUCUCUCUCCUCCCCGCCCUCUCCUCGCAAACACUCACAGCACUCCAGGAUCUACCCCAAGAGGACAAGCCAACGUCCUACGAGGGACUUUUGGACAUUGCCAGAUUCUGCGUAGAGGAAGAGCCAGGCUGGCAAGACGAAGAGCGCGCAAAGCUAAUCGGAGGUCAUCCUCGCAUCGGCCGGCAGAGUGGGCACAUCAGCGAAAGUAGCAAGAAGGAGCAAGGCGCCGGCGCUCAGCAGGAUGAAGAGGUGCUAAAGAGGUUGGACAAACUCAAUUUCCUCUACGAGCGGCGGUUCCCGUCAUUGCGUUUCGUCACAUUUGUCGCAGGCAGGCCCAAACCAGCCGUAGCCGAUGAGCUACAGGCCCUCUUAGGUAGCGAUAUCACCGAGUCACCGCCAAAAGAUGCUGCUUUUCAUCCAGACGAUGUCUCUGCUAGCUGGCAGGGCUUCCCAGCAGCUCAGGUCAAGACUGUCGGCAGUGAGGAGUGGGUGGCAGAGUUGAGGAGAGGCGAGGAUGCGCUAUGGGAGAUUGCUGUCGCCCGUGCUACGAAGCUGGCUCAAGAAAUCCAGGAAAAAGGCAGCGUCACCAUCGAAGUCGAUCCGUCGCCUGCUGCCGAGUCAGCAUCAAAGAGCCUGGAUCCGGAUGCCUCUGCUGCCUUCGACGUCCCCUUUCUCUCCCAGGCCACCUUCCGAGCCCUCAUCUUUGCCUCUCCCCUCCUACACACCUUUUUCGAAUCGGACCUCCCACAAUCCUUCCUCUUGCAGCCCGUAGAGCGGCAUACAUCCACCAAAGACGCUCUCCUCUCCGUCUUCAACGACGUGACCGCCGGUCCUUCUUCCUCCUCUACGGGACCCGGAUCAAUCCUAGGCGGCUCCACGCCCACCGCGAGACCAACGGGGAUCACGCGCGAUCGAGUCAAGGGCUUGCUGGGUGGUCUCUUGGGCGAAGUGGCAGACGCAGUAGGUACGCGCUUCCAGCAACAGACCAUCUCUGGACCUAAGCCCUCCUUCAACAGGUCCAGAGGCGCGGGAGGUCGACCUCUCUCCCUCGAGGAAGGAGCAAGAGGCGCGCCGGGCACCACCGGCAAGAUGGGACUUGUCUCCCCCGCCGCACUCAGCUCACGUAUGGAUCGCACCAGCCUCUCCGCAUCCAAUGACGGGGCUGCUUCUGCUGCUGCUGCUGCUGCUGCCGUCGCUGCGAGGGAGAGGGAGAAGGAGCAAGACGCGACCGAGGCGUUGAGAUUGGCGCAGGAGGCGCUCAGCCAGCGGGAUACGAAUCAAUUUGUCAUUGAUGCUCCUGGUGAAGGAGAUGGAGAUGAGACGGUCGAGAGGGGAGAGGAAGAGGAAGAAGAGGAGGAUCUGGUGGAUGAAGAGGCUGGUUUGACUGCUGGGGCCGCUGCUGGUGGUGGUGGAGGUCCACAGGGUCGGGUGACGGGGAAAGAGGCACAGCUGGCCAAAGAUCUUCGGUCGGCAGAAGCGCACUAGACUCUCCCUCCCUCUGGCUCCCAAUCGCUCUCCAGUACGAAACGGCCCAUACCUCGUAGCAUUUCAAACCUGUUCCAUACGCUCUCUCCUCUUUACCGUGGGCCUUUAUAGAUGAUAUACAUAAAACCAGCAAUGGGCUCACUCGUGCGUGUAGCGAGAUGCAGAUUGAGGAGCAAAGAAGGGCUAUCUGCAAUUCCAAAAGAGAAAAAAGGGAAACGGGGAGAAGAAUCAAAGAGCUACAAGAGGGGUAAAGAAAGGGGACGACAGGGUUGAACGAGAAGAAGAGAAAGACAGGAAACCUAAGUAAGGUAAGAGGGAAAAGGGAAACGCAACGGAAGGAGCAUUCGAUAAAGAUAGGAAAAGAGAGAAAGACGACGCAAGAUUGUUCCGGGUUUACAAGGUAAAAAGGAAAGAGGAAGGGGGUAACGAACGGAUCACGAGACAAGAUCAAAGGUAUGGUCCGACGGACAGGGGUAU